GCCCGGCGCGGCUGCCGGCGCCGCCGAGCCCGCGGGUGGGGCGUCGUGAGCGGUCGCCGCCGACGCUAUGGAUCCGUUUCUGACUCUGCUGCACUCGUUUUCCUCGAGCCUGUCCGAGAGCGAGCUCUCCGACCUGAAAUUCCUGUGCCAGAACAAGAUCGGCAAGAGGAAGCUGGAGUCCGUGCGGAGCGGCAGGGAGCUCUUCAGCUUGCUCCUCGAGCAGCGGGACAUCGCCGCCGACGACGUCGGCUUCCUGGAGACCUUGCUGCGGGCCGUCAAGCGGGAGGACCUGAUGGUGCGGCUGGAGCAGUUCGUGGAGGGAGGGGAAGGCAACGCUGCCGAUCAGCCAGACGUCAAUGAAAAGCGUCUGCAGAAAGCAGCCAUUGAAGUCAUAUGUGAAAAUGUUGGGAGAGACUGGAAAAUGCUGAUGCGAAGUCUUGGCUUUUCUGAAGUGCGAAUGGACAGAAUUGUGUCAGCCUAUCCAUUUAACUUGCAUGAACAAUUGAUUCAGUCGCUUCGAGAAUGGCAGAAGUGGAAGGGAAAAGAUGCAAAGGUUGCUGACCUAAUAAAAGCUCUUCGGAGUUGUAGUAUGAAUCUGGUGGCUGACAGAGUCGAACAGAAACUCCUGCAAAUGAAGACUGAAACCAAGUGAAAUCCAUAUAAAAACAUUUUUUGUGUCACACUGAUAUGAAUGAAAAAAGUAGAAGUGCCUUCUAUUCUUCUGAGCCACAAUCAACAUCAUUAGUUCUAGUACCUAUUCUGCCAUUAAUCUAUAAGCCUUAAAAUUACGAGGUUGAUUUGUUGUCAGAAGACUAACAUAAAAUUCAGGUAAUGCUUUGUAGUUUGGUGCUUUGAUUGUAGGCAUUUAAAGAGAACUUAACUUUUAGAGUGCCUGAGCUUCAUUUUAUAGAAAUCCUUACACUUUUCUUCUACCUGCUCUCUGAAUUUAGGAUUUACUUUACUGCUGGCACUUUCCAGAUUUGUUUCCUGGAUCUUCAUCCAUGGGAUCCUUUCUGAUGAUUCCAAAUUUAAUUGAAGUCCUUAUUUAUAUUUUUUUAGUGGCAUAUUAGUAUGAAAGGGGCACAGUAGUAUGAAGGGGGGGGAAA